AUGGUGGAGUUGAGUGAUAGUGUUGGAGGAGCGGUUACUUCAUCCUACGCUGUCCAGGACCGAACCCAAGUGGCCGAAGUUGACCCUUCUAUGAUUAUAGAAUAUGUGGAGGAUGACUUGACCGAUUUUCAACCAUGUACAAUUUGCGGACAAGCCGACAACGAGGAUGUUCUUCUUUUAUGCGAUGGAUGUGAUGGGCCUUCUCAUCUAUACUGCCUAGGUUUGGACGAGAUCCCCUCGGGAUCAUGGUACUGCCAACAAUGCGAGGAACUACGUGCUCUGGGACCAGCUCCCGAGGUAUCAGCACGGCCGUCUCGGGCGAUCGAGCAGCGGAGUCGACGAACUAGAGCUCAGCAGAGACGACUGCAGAAUAGAACUCAGACGAAUUCUCUCCACUGGGCACGAGUCUGGCAAUCGGUCUGGGACCACUUGAAUCUCGACCUUGAUUUCCCAUUCGAUGACGAUCGAUCUGCCGAACGUGCGAUGCAACAACGUCGUCGCGAGGAGGCCAACCAGCGCGAAUUUCAAGCUUGGCAACGCCGCUUCGAGGUCGCUGAGCGGCAAGGUGGUGGCAGCCGGUUUCGCGACACAGCAUCCCUGUUCGAUCUUGACCAUGCCCGACCAUCGCGACCUCGGGUGCCUAGAGUUCCGACACCGGAGCCCGAGUCCCUGGAGGAGAUGCGCGCUUGGAACGCUUUCGAGAGGGCACGAGAGAUCGAAAACAACCCGAGCGCAGCCAGGAAGCGCAAAGAGCCGACCAUGUCGCCGUCCCCUGAACCCACAGAACCAGAGCGCAAGUUGAAGCGUCCUCGAACGAGGAGGCCGCAAGAGCUCGCAGCUCGUGCACAGCAAACUCAAAAUGGUGAAUCAUCUAGAGCUGCGAGCUCUAAUUUGAAGACGCACCGAGUCAUUCAUAUGGACCUUCCGCUUCGACAUCCGCCGCUCCUACUGACCAUCCAUCUCCUGGUCCCUCUUCUCCCUCCAUCUCUCCCGCCUCAUCUCGUUACUCUUCCCCUCUCCUGGCGGCGGCCACACCACCACCUUACCCGCGAAGCCGCCCAAUAUCCCCUCUCCAACUAUCAUCCCCGGCCCCACCCUCAUCUCCUCCGUUCUCCCCCCGAAGUGUCAUCGGGUAGUCCAUCAUCAAAUGGCGCCAAAGAAGACAAACCACAACGCCAGCCCGGUCGUCCUCGCUCCCGCAUCCCCAAACAAGCACUGUGUUUCGGAGCCUCCCGCUCACCUGACUCAUCCCCCACUCGAGCUGGUCCAUCCCUCGCCCUCAAAGCCGAUAUACAGAAAAUGGUAGGCACUGGACUAAAACCCCACUAUAAGAAAAAGACCAUCUCGAAAGAGCAAUAUACAAACAUCAACCGGUCCAUCUCUCGUAUGCUCUACGAGCGAGUUGGGGAUAAGGAAACGCUCGAGCCGGAUGAACGCACCAACCUCGAAACAGAGGCCAAGCAUGAAGUGCAGAAUACAAUUGAUGCACUGAAGAUGAAGAGCAAAGAUAAGCAGAAACAGCGCAUGGUGGCGACCGACACAGACGGUGAUCUAUAA